GAUAACGCGUUGGUUGUCUUUGUCGACAACCUCGGAGGAAAAUUCUUUCGGAGCAGAUCCGGUCUGGAUACGGCUGCACGGACAGAGGUCGACGUCUGGUCGGCAAGAACAGUUACUGCUGCGACGGCAGUUCUUCUUGGUGUCUCGCCACCGGUUACGAUUGACUCUGCCACUGCUGAGAAGCUUGAUGAUUUGCUUCGUCCAGAUCCGUUUGUGAGGCCUCAAUCGGUUUUCUCGCUCUUGCUCAGUGGUGCAUCCCGGGACGUGCUUAGUGCAAAUGGGACUGCUUUCAGCAGUGCUGGAAUUGAUAAUUUUCAAUGGCGAAAUCUUGUAGUGGAUGCGUCGACUGAACAUAAGGGCACACAACAAGAAAUGGGAUCUCACCUUCUUCGAUUGCUCUCGGCAAUACCGAAAACUGCUGGAGAAGAGGUCAGAGUGCUUCAUGUUGGCUGUCAGGACGCUAGCGAGUGUGGGGCUAAGUGUAUGGAUGAGGCGCUGCUUUCUGUGGCAGAAAGCGCCGGAGGACAGUAUAAGCCGGAUUCGGAGGCUGGGAAAGGGGUGCUGACUGUGAAUUUCCCAGAAGGUGGCUUCAUCGAGCUUGAUAUGAAGAAGACAGCCGAUAGUGAACUCUUGACGGAACUCGUCUGCCUGCACCGAAGCAUUGAGCAGCUGGUCAAGCGUCAGCAGGAGAGCCCGCUGUCGGCAUCAGAUCAGCCUGAGCUGAUAAUCAGUACCAUGUCGGCAUCGGAGGAAUUGUGGCAGGACUCAGAUUCUGUGAGAGCUGCAAAUGUGGGGAGAUUCUUGUUCAGUUGUCUCGCACAGGAGCUCAAGAAGUACCUUCUUGGCUAUGAUGGGAAGGCUACAGUUCAAAUUGCAUUCCUUGGUGAUAAUGCCGGGGACAUGCACGGAAAAUCUAUGAAUGCGAUUCAGGAUUUGCGUCGGGAACUGCUACGAGGUUAUCCUGCAGAUGUGAUUGCUGCAACGAUGCUUGUUCGUCGAGCUGUGGCGUGGACUACUGGCAUCAUCGUGCUCAUUGGUGUGCUUCUUGGGUUGUGCUGUCUCUGCUACAUGCCGACCACUCGAGACAGCCUCCUGUACUCUGGUGCCAAGCUUGAUUGAUUGACCAAGUAAAGAUCUCUGAAUCAAGAGAGCUGUGGAUGAAGCAUGGCUCUACACUUAGAGGAAAGUGUUGUUGUCACUGUCUGUGGGUAGUGUUGUGGACAUUGCAUUUAUUCCAUCGUAGUAUAUCUGGGAAGGAGAGUGGUGCUUGCAAUUGUACUGUUUCUUUUCUCUCUCUCUCUCUUUUUUGUUUUUCAACUUUUCCCGCUUGUUGGACUUCCUUCGUGUUUAGUGCAUUUAGGGUUUUAUAUUUUUAGCGAAGCAGACUGCUGAUGUGGUAUUAUGCAGGAUGCAGAUAUGGCCUUCAUUUGUGCACCUUCAUUUUUUCCCCUGAUGACGACGUUAAGGGAAGUUCUAUUCCUAAUUUGCUCUUCAGAGUCUUUUUGUUCUUUCUUGUGUCAUGCGACAGCUUCCAGGCACACUACGAAAGCACCUUUUGUUUUUCGGACUUUUUCCCUCUUCCUGUCAUUUACUCCAUUUGCGAAUCAAGAAUAAGCUGGAUGCAUUUCCGAGCUAGUACGAGUGUGGUCCCGGUUGAGAUUACUGUGUGGCUGGAAAGUUGUGGAAACCUAUCUUACAUUUGCAGGAGCUCAAUGUAUGUCCGAGAGCAGGUUGUGCGAGUUUGCUAAUGCGGCGAAUGGGUGGUGAGAGAUACGUGUGCGAACUGUGGUGGGAUAGGUGCAUGUUGUAUGUGAGACUGGAUGUGUCGUGAGAGCGUGGCUGUUGUGGUUGCUGGUGUUGACAAAGGGUGAUGAAAAGGGAUGUGCCGACUGGCGUGGGGUAUAUCCACCGCUGUGUUGGGUUGUGUGUGAGCUUUGGCUUUUGCAGGCACAUGAAAAGGGAUGUGCCGACUGGCGUGGGGUAUAUAUUCACCGCUGUGUUGGGUUGUGUGUUAGAGGAAUGGGAAGGGCUUUGGCUUUUGCAGGCACAUGAAAAGGGAUGUGCUGACUGGCGCCAGGGUGGUUCGACAUGCCCAGCACCGAGGAAAAGGGGUCAAGCAACCACAAACAUAAAAGCAGAGGAGAGGGCGGGAAAAAUGAACAGCUGUGAAAGAA